GUUUGGCGUAUUAGUCAUCCGAGUUGGUCUGAGGUUGGGCGUGCUAGUCAACGGGUGGGAAUACAAUGGCGUCCGCAAAGAACACAUCCACAAGCGUUGGACCAUCUGUUCCCGGGGAGGGACGACCUGUACAGCAACCUCCUCCUCAGUAUAUGCAGACAAAUGGAGCACCAUGGUUUUUGGACUUCGUUGUUCAGGGGGACCUUUUUGGGCCAGCUGUUUUCAUGCGACCCAUUUGCGUUACAGACGCUGGGGGAGUGGUCAACGUUGUUCCUCUCGGUACCGUCGUCUCGUGCGCAAACACUCCUGGAGGUUUGCUCAAGCUGCACACUAACGGCGUGUACGAUGAGCGCAGACUGCCUAUCAGAGGUGUUAAAGGUGUGCUCGUGACCAUCAAGAGUUUCGCGGGGUACGGCUCGAACAUGCCGUUGUGCUCUCACUUGAAAGGCCUUUGCGAUGGAGGCAGCAAGCGUUUUCCAUCACCAGAGCAAUAUCUCGAUCUCGCGCUGAUGGUCCCGAAAGAACAUCCGGUUCUUCCACCAAAGCAUGUUUUCCGUCUUCUGCCACCCCAUAAGGGGUCGUCCGGCUUGGCUCAAGAAACUCCAGGUAUGAUAGUAGGGCGCGGGAGUCCAGUUCGAGACGUUGGGGUUCGGGUCGAGGGACGCAGCGUUCACACGCAGGUCGGCCCAGAUGCUCCUAGGAACACGUCAGACUUGCAUUCUCAGGGUACAUGGACUCAACGGGUCGGUACUCUGAAACUUAUCAAGGUCCGCUGCGGCGCCGACACGUAUUCGCUUCGAGAUGAGAAGAGAAGAGAUUCAAGAAGAUCGGGGCUAGAUGUUGGAGGGAAUGAGGCUGAAGGGAUGGGCGCUUUCCGCGAAAGCUCUGGCGGGAAGCAGACUCCUUCGGAGAAGAAGAGCGAGCGACAAAGGAUGGUGCGACAGGAGGUGGCGGAAGGAACCCUCCGCAUGAAGAGGAUGAGAGGAAAACCGGAGGCGUUGAUGGGCGGGGAUGGAGGUGGCGACGGAGAACGUGCCUCGGGAAAGAAGCCGACGAAGGAAGAGGGUGGGACGGCAAGUAAGAAAGCGAGGAGGCCCGAUGGUUUGACCAUCCGCGAAGGACAAGCCGCGGGUGGAGGAGAUUCGGCCGAUCCAGGUGUUGCGGCCUCGAGAGAACCUUCGGGGAAAUCGAAACGGAAAGUGGCAGGUGAAGAAGGUGAUGGCCAGAAGAAACCUCGAAGGCGGAAGACUGUUGAGGCGGCGAGCGGUGGCGAAGGGCCUGCCGGUCAGGAGUGCGACGAGGCGGCAGCGUUCUGGCUCGAAUACGAGCGGAACGAUGUCUGUGAAAUCGUGGAGAAGGAGCUCCCCGUCCAACUGCUCAUCGACCCCAGGAAGGUCUGCGACAUCCCGCCUUGGAAAAGAUAUUACAACCACCAGAGUCUAAGUCGAGAAACUGUGGACGACAUCAAGGAUGCGAUGCUGAGUCACUUCGGCGAGAAGAAGAUCUGGACGAAAAACCCUCUCGUUUUGGCACCCAUCUACAAGCCGGUGACGCGUAGGCCGGAGCAAGCUGACAAGGUUCACCAAGAUAUCUUCAAGCCAGAGGAAAAGGACAAGUACUGCUAUUACCUUGUUAACGAACAACACACCAUGGCUGCUGUGAAGGAGUUGGAGGGUGAGCAAAUAUUCGAUUUGUGGAAGAUGCACUCGUGGCCAGCGAGAGUAGUGUGGUUCUCCGACCGAGAUUCCGCGGGGUAUAGGCAGGUCAGUCUCAACGAAAACACGAGACACAAGAUGCUUAAGCAGCGAUCGCAGAAGACCGCGUUCUUGGACAUGCGGGAGGCAUGGGAGAAUGAAGAAAGGCCGGUGGCCAUUCAAGGGAACCCUUCCGGCAAGGAGGCCGAAAAACAAAAGUUCUUCGAUUUCCAAAAGCUGAUUUUGGGAAAGCGUCCGAACGGAGCUCACUGGACGUUGGCACAAAAAGAUUCGUCGCUCGUCGAUAAGGAGUAUGUCGCUGCAGUUGGCAAUGCAUUGAGGCAGUGGAUGCCGCUCGUGACGGCCGGCGACGACGUUUUCUGCAAAGCCAUGAAAUUCUACGUGAAAUGGGCGGAGGGGAAGUUGUUGGGCGGCGACGACAAGACGCCAUUAUCGAGGCCGGGCAAAUACAUGCCAGACAAAUCUCCGGGGCUGCAAGCAAUUCCGGAGAAAUGGGCUCGAAAGGGGCAGCUGGUGAAACGAAGAUGAGGUGGCUGGUCCGGGUCCCGCCGCCUCCGACCAAAAAGAAAACGCAAGCGGACGAC